AUGCCUUCGCAGCAGAGUAGUCGCACCUCGACCACUGCUUUUUCUCAGCAAUCGACAGUGAUAGGAAGCACAACCCCACCACCACGUGCAGCCGGAGCCGCCCUUGACCGAGCCAUCAUCCAAUUCCGCAAUCGACUCAAUGGCACAGAACUCAUGGAAUUCAAGGGGACUACACAUGAUAAUCUGCGCGAAGAGCUUUUCAAAGUUCAGGAGAAGCAAGAGGCUCGCCUGGAGAUGAUGAGUCUUGCUCGCAUCAAACAUUGUCUCGAAGCGAUGCACCAGUUCGGCCAAGUCAUCGAGAUCUUCCUCAACGUUUCGGAUGCAGUCGCGUUCGUGUGGGGCCCGAUGAAGUUCCUCUUGUUGACAGCUAGUACGUUUGCAGACUCUUUCGAUUCACUUCUGGAUGCGUACAAAAGAAUUGGCGAGCAACUACCUUUGUUAGCAGAGUAUCACUCAUUGUUCAGCAACUCACCUCACAUGGUUGAUGCCCUCGAGUUGAUUUACAUCGACAUACUGGACUUCCACCAACAAGCGUGCAAAUUCUUCUCAGGCAGAUUAUGGGUUCGGUUUUUCAAGUCGAUGUGGAAGAACUUCCAUACCAAGUUCGAUGGGAUUCUUAGCAGUCUUCGCCGUCACAAAGACAUCGUAGAAUGCCGUGCUAACCUCGUCCAAUACCGCCUCUACCAGGAUGAUGUCGCAGAUUUCAAAGCAAAGCUCGAGGAAAACGUCGCGCGAGAAGAAACCAAGAACCUAAUGGUUGUCAAGGAAUGGCUUAGUGUAGGAGAGUUACCACAACUUGAUCAUGCUAGCUACUGCAAAAUCCGAGCAGAUUAUGCCACUACAACCAAGUGGAUAUCGCAGCACAAAACUGUCAAACAUUGGAUACACGCCGAUGUACCGAAAAGCCCAGUCGUCUGGAUGUAUGGAAUUCCUGGUGCUGGAAAGACGAUACUAUCAUCGGCCAUCAUUGAUGAGUGUAAAGCUCAGCCGGGAUUCCUGACUUGCUAUUUCUAUUGUCACGAUGGUGAUCCAAUGAGUAGCACUGCAGUCGGUAUACUAAAGGGGCUCGUUGACCAACUCUUGGAUCAAUACCCGCAGAUGUUGCCCCCUUGCUUCACAAGGCGUAGAUCGAGCGGAGAGCCAUCGCUCCGGUCACUUUCUCAAGCGAAGAAGCUCCUGGAGGACUUCUGUAAUACCAUACCUAAAUCGUUCAUUGUUAUCGAUGGGCUGGAUGAAUGUGAGAAGGCAGAAAGGAGCCAGGUGUUGGACAUCUUGACCGAAGUCGUAGGUUGCCGCGACACGAUCGACCCAGGCACACUCCGUCUUCUCAUUGCUAGCCAAGAUCUUAUUGAUAUUCGAAAAGGAUUUAACAGCACUGCAUCUAACAAGGUUGCACCAAUAAUCUUGCGGAUCUCCGAGACGGACAACGAAGGUGAUAUUCGAGCUUUCACCAGGCUAUGGGUAGAUAAGAUCGCAUCAAAAUUUCCGCCAUUCUCAGAGGAUAUGAAAGAGUACCUUCAGAAUCUUACAGUAGUCAACGCAAAAGGCAUGUUUCUAUACGCCAAACUUGUUUUACUUGACCUUUAUGCUUCUACUACGCUAGCGGAGCUUAAAGACAGUAUCAAGACCGAAAACUUUCCACACAAGCUAGCAGACGCGUACAUCACUGCCAUCACCAAAGACAUACAUGAGCCAUCUAUCGAGUGCGAGCUUGCGACAUUGUGUAUGCAAUACUUGACUUUCCCCUGUUUCGAUGUUGACAAUCCUGACGAUGUCGUACAACGACGGCGAUACGCACUGGAUGGAUCACUCGCGUUCCAAGACUACGCGAUUGCGAAAUGGUUUCACCACAUCAAUGCGUGGGUGGCAAGUGGCACAAAGUUCCUUGAAGAAGCUCAGGACCAGGUAGCUUUACUAUCUGCCAUCUUUAAUGCCAUGGAAGACUUCAUGACGCGCUAUAGUGAGGUGGAUUGGGCGAAAGGACUUGUGGAUGACUGCAAGACCAAGUGCAGGGUGUUUGAACAUCUCGGUCUAUACGAGCAUGUUGUGCAGCUCACUAGCCAUAUCUACACGUUCCAACAGAAAGGCUUCGAUGCAUCACACAAGAUUAGCAUUAGCGAUCUUUCGGAGGCCUUAGAUCGGAACCGGAAAAUGCUUGAGGAGUUUCACAAAGCCAAACCUGGUCCGACAGCAGAAGAGAAGACAGCGUACAGUAAAUUCUACAACGAGAAGCGACGUUAUAAAUGCACACGGAUCACCUGCCGAUACUUCUCUGAGGGAUUUAAAGACGAGAAAUCUCGUGAGCGGCAUGUCAACAUUCACGAAAGACCGUACCAAUGCGAGAUACCGGACUGCGUAGGCGCAGAAGGGUUUGUGAAUGAAAAGGAUCUCGAGAAACACACUCGGACGUUCCAUCCUGACAAGAGUGAUUUAGCAGAGACGUUUAUCUCUGCUAUCGCACCCAAACGCGGGAACACGAAUCAUGCAUGCUCGAUCUGCGGGAAAACAUUCUCACGCAGCUACCAUCGUAGGGAUCAUGAGCUCAGUCAUAAAGGAGAAAGACCACACGAGUGCGAGGAAUGUGGCAAAGCUUUCACGAGACUUAACGAUCUCACAAGACAUAAGAAAAUACACGACAGGCCCGGCAAUAAUGGCGCAGUCUAG